UUCGUAUAUAAGAGUAUCCAAAAGGGUUAGGGUUUUUAGAGGACUUCAUUUUAUUCCAGCUACCGAAGCGGCGCAAAACGUUGGAGUUUCUCUGAGGAAAAAUGGGUCAUACCAACGUCUGGAAUUCGCAUCCCAAAACCUACGGUCCUGGUUCUCGUACCUGCCGUGUAUGCGGUAACCCUCAUGGAUUGAUCCGGAAGUACGGGCUGAUGUGCUGCAGGCAGUGCUUCCGCAGCAAUGCCAAGGAAAUUGGCUUUAUUAAGUACCGCUGAAGACUGGCUACAUUGAUGAAGUAUUCGUCCCCGGAAUAUGGUUCCUCCUUAGCUUCUGCCCAAUCACUUUUUUUUCUUCCAUAAAUGUUGUAGUCGGUUUUGCUUGAACUUGAAGUUGUGUUUUUAUUAACCAAUCCUAUCUAAUAGUGGCCUUUUGUUGGACGUAUAA